CAGCUCCCCCAGCUUUUCAAAAGUAGCGAUGCAGAACAUUGUCCCUUUUCCCCCGCGCAUUCCUGGCAGCAUGGUGAGUGACACUCACGCGCCAGCCAGCGUGGAUCACCCACUCCAUCCUCCUUUGUCUGCGUUUCUGUCUUGUCCAUCAGCUGGAGGACAGUGAUGGUUGCAAGGUGACGAUAUUGGGCGAGAUCGUGACGACUGCCGGCAACAACGUGACGGUCAGGAUGAGUGACGGCACGAGCGUCGUGUGCGGCAUCCUGGCGGACGAGCUGCCGCAGGGGAGCAAGUUCAUCGAGUUCGAGGGCCAGGUCAAGAAGGAGGGGCAGACCAUCAAGGUCAUCAAGGAUAGCGGCGCCAAGGUGCGGCCGCUGCACGACGUCGACAUGGCCUUCAUGAACAGGGCCAUCAACCUCACCUACAACGCGACUCUGACGCACCUCUACAGCCUACCGCAGCAGCAGUAGAGACCAUAG